AGAGACCUCCAUGGCUGUGAUAAGCCUUCUGUUCUUGGCAGUGAUGUAUGUUGUUCACCACCCCUUGAUGGUCAGUGACCGGAUGGACCUGGACACGCUUGCCAGAAGCCGGCAACUGCAGAAGCGAAUGAGCGAGGAGAUGCGCCACUUAGAGAUGGAAUUUGAAGAGAGGAAGCGAGCUGCUGAGGAGAAGCAGAAAGCGGAGAACUUCUGGAAAGGAGACCCUGAUGCGGAGGAAUUAGUGCUGGGCAAGAAAGACACGGGUUGGCUCUUCCAAUCCAGCUGGCCUGGCCCCCUAGGCUGGAUGCUAGGGAACCUGUGGAACGCCGGCCUCUUCUGCCUCUUCCUCAUCUUCGAGCUCCUGCGACAGAACAUGCAGCAUGAGCCAGCCUAUGAUUCUAGCAGCGACGAGGAGGAAGAAAUCUGUGUGGUGCCUGUCACUUCCUCCAAAUGGCUGGCCGGCUUCCCUUCCCGGGACACCCUGGAGGCCUUCCAUAAAGUGCAUGUCCAGAAUGCCAUCCGGGACCUGCCCUGCACCUGUGAGUUCGUGGAGAGUUUCGUGGAUGACCUCACCAAGGCCUGCCGGGUGCUCAGUCGUAGGGAAGCGUACCCACAAUUGGAAGAGUGCAUGGGCAUUGGGGCUGCCUUUGAGAAAUGGGGGACUGUCGGUGAGACGCAGCAAUUUGAUGUCCUGGUGCCCAUUGUUCCCCCGCAGGGCACUAUGUUUGUGCUGGAGAUGAGGGAUCCAGCCCUGGGCCGCCGCUGUGGCUCUGUACUGGUGGAGUCGGAAUGUAUGUGCAAGCAUGAGAAACUGCUGGGGGAUGUGUUAUGCUUGGUACACCAUCACAGGGAGCAACCUACUCUCUCAAGCAUGUGCUCCAGCUCCACCAAGGCAGCGCUGUGCACCACCUCCUACCUUGAUGUCUACAAGACCGUUCAGUGGUUCCAAAAUCUUGUGAGCAACGCUUGGGCCCUCGUGGCCCACAAGUAUGACUUCAAGUUCAGCCUCCCACCAUCUAACACCUCUUGCAACCUCCGGCUGGACUAUCGCUCAGGCCGCUCGCUCUCAAUCCACUUGAUUUUAGGGGUGCAGAGAGAAGAUACCUUGGUGUACCUGGUGAGUCAGGCUCCCGAACAGGAACAGCUCACCAGUGUGGACUGGCCUGAGUCCUUUGCAGCUUGUGAGCACUUAUUCCUGAAGCUGGUGGGACGCUUCGCUCCUGAGAACACCUGUCACCUCAAGUGUCUCCAGAUUAUUCUCAGUCUUCGGGACACAAAGAACUUGCCCUCUGGAUCUUCCCUUCCCAUCCUCACCUCAUACCACUUCAAAACAGUGCUCAUGCAUCUAUUGCUACGACUGCCUCUGACGGACUGGCAGCCUGGUAUGCUCUCCCAACGCCUCCAAGACAUCUUCCGGUUCUUGGGCCGAGGUCUCCAGCAAAGGUCCCUUCAUCAUUUCCUCAUUGGCAACACCUUUCUGCCCCUAACCAUCCCCAUCCCUAAGACAUUUCGGAAUGCUGAGCCAGUCAAUCUUUUCCAACACCUGGUGCUCAAUUCUACGGCACAUUCACAGGCAGUGGAAGAGUUCCACAGCCUACUGACCCAGGUGAAAACUCUGCCUCAUGCCCAUUUGGCUGAGACACUUUAAUAUAAAUGUCAUUAAAAGGGGGGGAGAAGUUAUUUCUGACUCAGACUGCAAGAGUUUCUUUUUUCUGAUACAUCAGAGGUAUUUGGGACUUCCCCUGUGCCAUAGCAUGAGUCAACAGCAUAACCUG